GACAGACAAUAAACUAUAUGCUUCUGCAAAAGACACCACUGUGUCUCUGCUUGUGAUUUAUCCCGCGGAUGGAUGCGGCCGUCGGGCUGGACGUUUGAGCCCAGCAGGAUCAACCUGUCAUAGGGGCAUCAUGAUUUCUCUGGUUCUCCGCAAGUGGAUGAGGAAUAUCUCCCAUGAGAUGCUGCUGCUGCUGCUGCUCCUGCUGCCGCUGGUGCCGGUGUGCUGUUUCCUGCCUCUGACCGGAGCGGCUCCCGCGCUGACGACCGAACAGCUGGACAUGGGGGUGGACUGGCUGAGUAGGUUUGGCUACCUCCCGCCCCCCGACCCGGUGACCGGCCAGCUGCAGACCAAAGAGGCGUUGACCAAGGCCAUCAAAGCCAUGCAGAAGUUCGGAGGGCUGAAGGAAACUGGAGUAUUAGACCAAGCCACACUAGGUCUAAUGAAAACGCCCAGAUGCUCUCUGCCAGAUGUCUCCGAUCCCAACAUGACGACGGGACGCAGGAAACGAAGCUUGAACACACAGAACAAAUGGAAUAAGAGACAUCUGUCGUGGAGAGUGAGAACCUUUCCCAAGGAUUCCGCCUUACUGGGCAGGGACACAGUUCGAGCCCUCAUGUACUACGCCCUGAAGGUCUGGAGCGAUAUCGCGCCUCUGAACUUCCACGAGGUGGCCGGCAGCGAUGCAGACAUUCAGAUCGACUUCACUAAAGCCGACCAUAAUGAUGGAUACCCCUUCGACGGGCCCGGGGGCACAGUGGCACACGCUUUUUUUCCUGGGGAGAGGUUCACCGCGGGCGAUACACACUUUGAUGAUGACGAAGCCUGGACCUUCAGAUCGCCAGACUCUCAUGGGAUGGACCUGUUUGCAGUGGCGGUCCAUGAGUUCGGUCAUGCCAUCGGACUGGUCCAUACCUCGGCUAUGGAGUCCAUCAUGAGACCUUACUACCAAGGACCCGUGGGAGACCCUCUGAAAUACGAUCUACCCUAUGAGGAUAAAGUCCGUGUCUGGCAGCUCUAUGGUGUCAGAGACUCGGUGUCCCACACGAAUCAGCCAGGCAGCCCGUCCCAGACACCUGAGCCGCCGGUCCUGCUGGACCUUCCUGAAAACAGAUCCACGUUCCUGUAA